AUGCCUCUCCCUCCCGUCUACUUCCAGACCAUGACGCCCGUCCCCCGCCCCGAGGCGAAGAAGCCCGUGCCGAAACGCAAGCCUCUGCUGCGCCUCGAGCUACGCGACCUCUCGCACGAGGGCGCCAAGUCCUUCCUCGCCCACCUGGAUGCUUCGCAGGUCCUCGAGGAGGCUGUCUCCGGCGUGUUGCAGGUGCUAUAUUCGCCGCAUUCGGACAUACCGCCCGUCCGCUCCAUCACCCUCAUCCUGCGUUCCAUGGGCGGCGUCGCAUACACUACGGGGAAGGACAUAGACAGCGACCACAAGGAGAUUCACUUCUCGCUCGACUACAUAUCCCACAUCGCCAAGGAGCGGAGGAAGGAGGAGAUGCUAGGGGUCCUGCGCCACGAGAUGGUGCAUUGCUGGCAGUGGAACGCCUUGGGAACGGCCCCAGGCGGCUUGAUUGAGGGCAUUGCGGACUACGUGCGGCUGAAGUGCGGAUUCGUCCCACCGCACUGGAAAAGGGAGGCUGACGGGGACUGGGAUGCCGGCUACCAACACACAGGUUAUUUUCUUGACCACUUGGAAAAGACCUAUGGUCACGGUAGCGUGAUGGCUAUCAAUGAGAGUCUCAGGAGAAAGGAGUAUGACGAGGAAAUUUUUUGGCAAGACAUCUUCGGGAAAUCCGUCAAGCAUCUAUGGAAAGAAUAUGGGCAUUCGCUGAAAUGCGACGAUGACUGCAAAGAUGAGAAACGGACGGAUGCAGAGAUACCCCACGAGGACUCUCCGGCUGGAGUAGUGUGA